CAUGGGGCAAAAGAAAUUCAUAAUCAUUUAUUUUCCACACGGAAUUUAGUUUAGUUUAGGGCGGUUUCUCGUCACACAGCGCAUUCAUUUAUUCUUUCACAUAUUCGGAUUUCGCACUAUGUCGCUGCACAAGGCAUUGGCGAGGGAAGAAGACCAUCUAGCGGACAACCAGACACAGACACAGAGCCAGAACCAGAACCAACCCAAAUCCACAACAAUUGUCAAGUACGAGAAAUCCUCGUGCCUGUUCUGCAAUGAAUGGUUCGAUGCACAGACAUUCACGGAACAUCUGAUACACUGCGGUCAGGUGCUGGAGGAGUGCCCGAAUAGCUGCCAGGUGUUCAUACCGCGCAUUCGCAUGCGCUCACAUUUGAAGGAGUGCCCGCGGUCCAAGAAUCUGCACAAUCAGCGGCUGAGCGUCAGCAUGGAUAGGCUGGACCAGCAGUCGGACCAUCGGCUGCAGGUGCUCGAGCAGGACAUCAGCACCAUACGCUCGGUGCUCAAUGAGGAGAUACGCCAGCGUCUGCACCUGAUCACCGAUGUGGGCAACAUACGCAAGCAGAACCAGGUGGUCGAGGACUGGACCCGUGGCACAGACGACAGUCUGGGCGGGCUGCGUCGCCAGCUGGAGGAGGAGGCCGCGCAGCGGGCCUAUGCCGCGGAGCAGAAUCAAAUUGACUUUCAAUACUGCUGCAACAUCACUCAGUCUUUGAAGGACCAAGUCGAGAUCAAAUUGGACGAGGCGCAGAAGCUGGUGAAUCAGCUGUCCAUCGACGUGACCUUCCACCAGAACCAGCUGAACGACAACAUCCUCAAGCUCGAAGAGCUGAUCUUCGAAAACGAAAGACUGAACCGGGAUAAGUUCUUUCGCAUUGAGGAGUUCCUGCAGCAAAUCAAUGAGGAUGUCAAAACCAAGCUGGGCACCAGCGACUAUGCCACCAACAAGCAGGCCACCCUGGACUACGAGGUGAAGAAUGUCAAGAACAUUGUCUGCGAAACGGAGGAGCGUUGCGAUAAGCUGCAGAGCGUGGUACAGGAUCUGGAUCGAUCCCUGCAUCAGACCAUGCAGAACCUGUCCGAUCUGGAGAACCAAAUGGCCAUGCAGCAGCGCAUCGCCAGCGUACAGAAUAUAAGAGGUCAUCUGAUCUUCCGCAUCAAGGACUACUCCAAGAAGCUGGACGAGGCCAAGCAGUAUGACACCAUCCUGCACUCCGCCAUGUUCUCCAAUAAGGCAUUCGGCUAUGCCCUAAGACUGGAUAUCUAUCUGAAUGGCAAGGGCACAUGGAAGGGUCGUAAUCUGAUUGCCUGUCUCAAUGUUCUAUCCGGCGAGUACGAUCCCUUGCUGGCGUGGCCCUGUCGCCUGCAGGCCGAGGUCGUCAUCCGGGAUCAGUGCUCGAAUCUGUUGGAGGCCCAGGACUAUGUGAAGACAGUUUUCGUGCGCAAGAAGAGCGACGACUUCAUCCAGAGCAAUCAGUACUUUCACAUACCCCACAAGGUCAUCACCAGUCGCAAUUAUUUGCGCAACGAUUCCAUGUUCAUCGAGGUUCGCGUCAUGAAAUAAAAAGUAUUCGGCUUCGUUGUUGUAUUCUUCGUUAUUUUGCUUGCAAGUCAAUCAGAAAGUCAGAAAGUUACUGCCAAGCGACGGUACUGACGAUCUGAUCUGAAAGAGACUUCCAUUUUGUCCACCCAAUAAAUAGCUCGUCGCCUAACUUAAUGGAGAAAGAACAACAUCCAUAAUAGUUUAUUAAUUUGAGAGCCUUUGUUUUCGGUCUAAACCAUUUUCAAAUACAACAAGUGUAGGCGUGUACUUAUGCAAUUUGAACGAUUGAAAAUGCACUUCUUUAAUCUAGAAUAUUUCGGUGUAUGUUUUCGAAAGUUUUUUAAAUGCUUCAGGCAUAGGCAAUUGAGUUACACUUUUGAGGCACAGUUCGAUAAAGUAAACCUAAUCUAUGCAUUUCCACCGGGUAGUUUCUUGCCCUUUGAUUGUACAAUUUGAAUAAUGCAUUCCACUUAAUAAAGAUAAAUGUGCGUAAGGGAUAUCGUUGUGGCUUUCGAAUGUAUUCAUGUGUGUAUAUCGUGUGGGGUGUUGCGAGUGGAUUGGGGAACCAUUAACAUAUUUGGCUUCUGCUUUGUCUUCUUA